GUAGUCUUAUUGUAGCAUUGUUAUCUUACGUAAAGGAUUGUUGUAAUGUUUGGCUCAAAGCACCUGAUGCGCACAGACGGACAGUGAAUUUGAGGACUGAAAUGUGAUCGAUUCGUGUCUGCCUCUUCCGUUUGACGUGACGAGGAGGAGAUAUGCAGAGAGAUACUCCAGGCUUCUUCCAAGCUGAUACCCAGUUGAAGAAUGAACCUCAUCCUCCAGUAUCCUCCUUCAGCUCCGGUCUGACCGCGACCGCGCCAGCCAAGAGAAUCACUUUCUACAAAAGCGGCGACUCCCAGUUCAAAGGCGUCAAGAUGGCCAUUCACAAACGCAGCUUCAAAUGCUUUGAUGCAUUAUUAGAUGACCUUUCCCAAAAGGUUCCUCUGCCUUUUGGCGUGCGUACCAUCACGACCCCCCGGGGCACCCACAGCAUUAAACAUUUAGAGCAGUUAGACGACGGAGGCUGUUACUUGUGCUCUGACCGCUGCUACGUGAAGCCAAUCAACAUCGAAGCUGCGGUGAAGAGGCCGACAGUCUGGCACCACAGUCAUCCUCCCAGCGCUCGCAGGAAACCCUCCCGACCCGAGGACGGCCCCUCUGGAGACCAGCAUCGUCACUCAAAAAGGAUCGUACUGGUGAAGAACACUGAUGCUGCUGUGAGACGUUCUGUCCUCCUGAGCAGAAGAACCGCACGCAGUCUGCGUGUCUUCAUGAACGAGAUUUCCGAUCUCAUGCAAUGUAAUGUUAAGAAACUUUACACACUGGAGGGAUGCAAGAUUGAUAGUAUUCAGAGUCUAAUGCAGUGCCCCAGUGUGUUGGUGUGUGCAGGUCGAGAACCCUUCAGACCUCCGCUCGCGGAGAAUUUGAGGAAGCGCUCGGACGAAAGACUCCCUGGAUUGGGCGCAAGGUCUCGGUCCAGCGUCUGCAGUGAAGGCCAGGAAAGCAAAAAGAAUGUUAAUUUUGGCCUGGAGACAAAGAAAAGCAUUAUCCAUCCCAGAUCCGACUCCAGUAAUAGGUCGACAAGAUUCUCUCUUUCUUCAGAAAAGUCUUACCAGAAUGGAUUAUACAUGACGCCCGGACAGUCGGCCUGCGUCAGCACCUGCCCCUACGUUAAAGAAAUGUCAGUGAACGAUGACAUUGAAAAGAGAGUACUUGUUAACAAAGACGGCAGCCUUUCUGUCGAGAUGAGAGUUCGUUUUCGGCUCUUCAGCGACGAGACACUCCAGUGGUCCACAGAGAUCAAAAAGUCAUCGACCAAACUGACCAACAGCAGCUCUGCGAACGAAACCGCCCAAAGUUAUCUUCCAGCUAAAGCUGAAUGUUCAGAUCCAGACUCCACGACUCCAUCUGAGACUGAGGAAGUGUUCGCGAGAAAACUCCAUAAGAGGCAUCUUGAGGAGUCACUUCGUCAAAACUGUUGCAACCACUGCCAAGAGUAUGACAUUUGGAAGAACCCCAUGCACAAAGACCCGGGGGUCUGCAAAUCACUGAGUUCCAGUGGAUCGUCUCAGAAAAUCAAGUGUGAAAAGACAUCGAUGGAUAGUAUGCAUGCAAUUUCUCGUUCUAGCGAGGAGUACACCGAGCACGUGGUGGAAAAGGCAUCAUGCUUUCAGCAGACCGUGGAAGAAGGAGAGACGAGAGUCGAGUGCUGUGCGAGAAGUCAUUGCUGCAGUCGCAGUGAAGUGUUGGCAUUGAAGAGCAGGAUGUUGUGUAAGGAAGGCUGUGAGAGUAACGCUAAAAUUAAAUGUUGUUAUAGUGACAUCAGAGAACCUGGCGCUGAACUGUCUCCAGCGCAGCAUUAUCAGGUUACAGAAGAUCGGACGAUCUCAGCGGUCAGCAACUCCUCCAAAGUGCUUGAGUGUUUGAAGGACGAUCAGGAUGAUGAAUAUGAUGACCUUCCUCCAAGUGUCUCGAGAGCUUCGAACUGGUCUCAGAGUGACCAUGUUGAAGGUCAGUCCAAAUGCAUCCAUUGUUGUGGCUGUCAGAGGUCACCAAGAUCUAAUUUAUCCCCCCGACCUCCCAGUAAACUAUCAACCAGUGCAGUUCGCUCUUUACGAUCCAAAAAAUACAAAACCACUUUAGCCAAGACAGACGGGCUGGUGAAUCCGUCAGCGAGGACAACAUCCGCAAUCUCGAACGUGUCCUCCAGAUCCCCCGCUUGUACCUCAAGGUCACCUGCAUCUAUUAGCCAGCGCCGGGCUAAGAAGGGAGCUAGAAGUACAGUUUCCUCACACAGCCGAGCAUCCCGUAAAUCUGAAGGCCAAAUAAAAAACCCUACUGCAUCAGAUCCUCUGGAGAUAUGUCAUGAUGGAAAAGCCAUGUCAGUAAAGUCAAGUGUGUGUUCGUGGUGUGGUGAAUCUAAAGGACUAAUGAAUCCAAAGGAGACAAAAUCACAGAAUGCAGAGAUAGACGGCACAAGUAAAGAUCCUGCGGAAAACUUUAAAGCUAUUAAUAAUUAUAAGUCACAUAGGGAAUGUUCUGAGUCUGCACAGUCUAAACAUUCAGAUGCCUCUGCUAUCUCAAACAACUCAAAACUAUCAAACCACAUCGGUCAUGAAAAGUGUCCUGAAGCAGAAACUUCUGAAGAAAGAGCCAAGAGCGGUAUAUCAACAAAAUCUGGAUCUGCAAGGUCUACCAAAUCAAAGGCAACCUGGAUCAUUGUAGAUCGAGAACCAACACCGACAAGUCUGUCAGAAGCAAAAUCAGAUAGUGCCAUGUCCGAUAAAUCAAACCUGUCCUUUGAACGUCGACCCCUUGCAUCAGAAGAGACAAAGAGCUUUGUCAAAAUGUGUUGUGAGCUUUUAGAGACAAAAGCCACUGAAGACUCUAGUUCUGCUAAUGUUCAAAGUGACAAUGAAGAGGUGUCAUGUAAAACUUCCCUGAAGUCAAAUUCAUCAUCAAAACAUUCACACAUGCUGAAAAAAGACAGCAAGGACAACCUUUCUACCACUGAAUCAAAUGAGAGAGUGUCUAUUGAAGUGUCAAACACUUCUAGUGCAUCUUGUAAGUCUGACAAAUCAAGCCACAACCUUCCAGAAACCACCGUUACCUCCAUACCGGAAAAAGCAGAUGACUGUGAAACUCCUAAAAUUGCGUCAAAGAGUGCCACCUGCGCAAUGUCUCAUACCUCCAUCAAAAUAACAACCCCUGAUGCUCCUGCGGCCCAAGAGAUGAAAGCAGAGAAAGAUGACAAAGACAUGACACAGAAUGCCUUGUCUGUGACCUCUCCAUCACCUCGAAGGUCUCCGUCCCCAAGUAGAUCAAAAUCACUGAAGACUAAAGUUAAGCAGGGUUACAGCAGAGAAACAAGCGGAAUGUCAGUCAACUCCAAAGUCUUCUCACAAUCAAAAAGAUCCAAUAAAUGUCAUUGUCACAGCACCACGGGUAGUCAUUUAGGAGAGUCCAAGACCCAAAAAGAGAGUGUCGAAGAUGAAUCCGAAAGAGUUUUGAGUAGAUCGUCUGGAAAAUCGCAUCUGUCCCCUCAAUCAAAUGAAAAUAACGUGAAGUCUUUAUGCAGCAAGUUGGAUGAACCUUUGAGCCCAACGUCCACAGCAUCGGUCUCUCUUGGACUGCCUGAAAAACACAAGUGUGAUGACUUUGAAGAACAGUCUACCAAUGACACCACAGAGGAUGCUGGAUGCAAGUUAGAGGUUGUAAACUGUGUGGAUGUUGAGAAAAGGCCAAAGACGGCGGUAUCUGUGAGCUCUCAAAUAUCAGAAAAGCCUCAUUACUGUACGUGCAAGACUGCUUUGCAAACCCUCUCACCCGUCUCAGCCGAAAAAGUCAAGUCAGCUGAUAUGAAGACGAGCAACAGCAUCAUACCCUCCUCCGCUUUGCCAGCAUCCUCUUCACGUAGCAAGUCCCCGGAAAGAACUAAAGCCGCAACUGUGAAAGAACAUGAUACCACCCGAGUGGAAAUGACUGAAACUGACAAAGCAUCCAACAAACAAUCCUCAAAACAUCACAGUGAAAGAUUCUCUCAACCAACUACACCAACAAGGGGUUGUUUAGCUUCUUCAAAAGCUUCUGAAUGUUCAGAGAAGUCCAAAAAAGAGAUAUCUAAAAAAAAAUCUAAAUACAAUGACCUCAAUAUUUGUGGUGAAGACAAUAAUGGCAAAUCCGACAAGAGAUCUGUGAAAGACGACGCAUCCGAGCCAAAUUCAGUAGUGAUGUCUGACAUUUCCCAAAAGUGUACAAGUCACAAGCCACAAGAAAAGCAUAACAAGUAUAAAGCAUCAAUCAUAAAUCCUGAUUCAAGCAGCGCCGUUUUCUCACGAGCUCUUUCAGCAGCUGACCUGUUGAGAGAAAUCACUGCCAAUGCAAAACCAGUGAGUAGAGAAUCAAAGUCAAUCGUGUCCAUCAAGAACAUUGACAAGGUCGAGAAGAUAAAGGACAGUAAAAGUGAAAAAAGGAGCAGGAGCAAACACAGGAAGGUCAGCAAUGCAUCAGAGCACAACAAUGAGGAACCUGAUUCCAUCAUGCCAUCAUGCCUGCCGAACGCUUCCCCCACAGAAGUUGUCAAUGACUGGCUUAUGAACAAUCCAAUUGACGGCCCUGCUUAUGAAUUGGAUGUCCAAUUCACAGAAAAUACUGACAUUCAAGGAGAGGAAGAAGGUUUGAAGGACAAAAGUGAAGCUCCUGGAUACAUUACCGAAGUUGAGGAACCUCAUGAGGGGGAAAUUCAGAUAGAGAAUAACAUCACGCAGACGUGUGAUGAACGACCUCAGGUUGAAUCAAUUGAAUUGGACAAACACUGUCCUUCUUCUGUCCAGGUCAUGAAGGUUUUACUGGGUCCGAAAUUAGACAGAUGCAGAAGUUUACCUGAGGUUUCACCUGUGUAUGGAAGAAAGCUGAGCCGGUCAGCUCAGGGGUUGCUUGACUGCCUUGUAAAUUUACAACUGAUUGAGUCAGAGCCUACAAAUGAAAAACAUCCUAAAAACCAUGAAGUCAUGACCAUCUUACAAUCGCUUUGGGUCCAGGAGCCUUCUGAUGAUGAACCAACUAAUAAAACAAAAAGAGGAGAAGAUGAAUUCAACCUGCAGUUCUCAUCUGGAGUUGAUGUAUGCAGUGGCUCCACGGGGUCUGAUAAAGGUACCAUGAGUGGCGUGGUAGAAAAAGCACAUUGUAAAAUAUCACAAAUUCCAGAACAAGAGGCUUCAAAUAUGGAUAAAGAUGAGGCUUUGAUGGAGAAUGGGAACACAGCUGCCACAUGUGAAGAAACAUCCAACAUCUCAGAUCCAACAACUCCAGAUAUUGCAGAGCAAUUCCAAGGGAGUCCAGAGAACAAAGACAGUCUGGAAAAUACCAAUAUACCUGCUGUUGAAGAUGUUCAGAGCGUUGAGAAUAAAGAUGAAUCCGAUCAAACACAGCAGACAUCUUCGAACAAAAGCUCAGGGAAUGACAUGACAGAAAACACAAACUCAGGAACUCCACCUUCUCUUCAAAGAGCUCCGCUUGCUAAAAGAAUCUCACAAGACCCGGAUCCCGUCUGGGUGCUGAGCUUACUAAAAAAACUAGAGAAGCAGUUUAUGUUACAUUAUGUGGACGCAAUGGCCGAGUUCAAAGUGAAGUGGGAUUUGGAUGACAGUGAGAUGCUCAACUCAAUGAUCAGUGAACUGAAAGAAGAAGUACAUAAACGCAUUCAAUCGAGCAUCACUCGAGAGCUGCAAAAAAUCCAAAGUAGAGCCGGCAGGGGUCCGAAACCUCCUGGAAACGCUCUGUCAAGAGAGUCCACCAUCCAAACUGAACAGAGACGCAGACGUCUUCGGGUGAUGCACAACAAGUCUAUCACUUUCUCAAGGACUGAGGAGAAUUUCACAGCCUCUGGCACGGAAAAUAGCGAUCAACGGAGCGAUGACGAAUACUGCCCGUGUGAUGCAUGCAUGAAGAGGAAGAUGGUGUCCAGAGUGGCCCCACGGGCUGAGGUUUUGAGUUUGGCCCCUGUCAUGAUGGAAUUUGAUUUGAGAAAAAUACUGCAGAUGAAAAAGGCUCCAGUCACACCUGCAGAACAGAAGGUAAAGGAUCAGCACACAGCCAAAGGGGCCUGCACAGGUCAAGACAAGAACUUAGAGGUGUUUUGUGAAGAAGUGGACCUGGGGAAUGGUGACGUCAGAGGCUGUAGCAAUGCAGACGUAGACAAUGAAGAGGCCAACAACAAAGAUAAUGGUCAGGAUGUUUGUGAAGACGUUGAGAACAAAGAUGAUGAAGAAUGUGAUGAGAAUGAUGUUGAAGAAGUGGAAGUAAAGAAAGCCAAAGGUACUCAGGAGGAUGUUGAAAAAUAUGUAAUUGCAAAAGAAGAGGAUGAUGAGAAGAAAGAUGAAGAUAUCGCUGAGGUUGUAAAUGUGGAAAAUUCUGUGGAUGAUGAGAACGACAAAGACAUCGAGAAAAACAUGGAAACUGAUGAGGAAACAGAAUCAGAUUAG